UAUCCCCGCGUGAUAGUUUCUAAUAGUAUCACUUUGGCACAUCUUCACGAACGCGUCUCCCCGUCGUCGUACUAUACAGUCAAUAUGGUGUCCUUCAAAUCAGCCGUUGCCGCCGCCACGAUGGCAUUUGUCUCGUUGGCCAAUGCGAAGAGCUACUACAUCGACCCUGAUAGUGUUCCUCUGGCCACAAGACAGAGCUGGUGCCGUUCUGAGACGUCGACAUGCCCCAUCAUCUGCCAGCAGACGACCAGCAAGCCCACAUUGGUCAACGACUGCAGCCCUGAUACAUUGAGCUUUGGCUGUCUCUGUGGUGACAACAAGCAGCCUAACAUCUCCGAGUACACCUUGACACUGCCCUUUUUCAUUUGCCAGGAGUUUGUGGUCCAGUGCAGGACUGCUUGUGGCUCGGACAACACUUGUGCGUCUAACUGCGCCGAGGAUAACCCUUGUGGUGCCACUGAUCCUAAGCGUUACAACUCAACUUCGACUGCUACGACAACGACCCCUGCCGCCACCUCUACCACUGCCGGCCCUGACACCAUCUUCACUGGCGUUCCCGGAGGUGGUAGCAGCAGCGGCAAGGGCAAGUCAAUGGCAGCCCCUGCGGUUGAGGUUGGGCGGGCCUAUGGAUUGGCAGUUCUUCUCGGAAGCAUGUUUGUCGGCUUUGCUCUGCUAUAAUAGCUGCUGCAACAACAACAUGGGGAGGUUCUGAAAAGAAGUCAUGCGGUCGAGCAAGUGAUAGAUUGCUCAAUUGAGAUCGCCUAAUGUUUGAUUGGUUUGCUGGUUUCAUUGGAGCGUGCGUCUUACAUUGGAAUAUCAUUAUGCGUACUGCCGGAAGUUUGGUCACGGGAAUUACUUAAUACUGUUGAAUGCCUUUUCGAUACGAUACAUUGACAUGAAUAUAUUG